AUGGUCGGAGCAGCAACCAUCUGCUUCACCAAACUGACGCUCCUCCUCCUUUAUCUGCGACUAUUUUCACAGAACACCGCCGUCAACUGGGGAAUACAUAUAGGGAUCCUGUUCUGCGCACUCUAUUAUCCAUUGACCCUUUUUCUCUGGGCAUUCAUUAACCCAGCCGCGUACGCCUUCCUCGUUCGUUUCGGGGUCGUGGUGGGCGCCGUCACGGACGUCUAUCUUCUGAAUCUGCCACUCUUCGCCGUUGCCAGACUGCACCUGGGCCGCGCAAAGAAAUGGCGCGUCGCUGCCGUGUUCUUGACGGGUCUCUUCGCGGGAAUGCUUAGAGCCGUCGCCAUGAGUAUCUUGGCCUGCACGUACAACUUCCAGGGGAAUCCGGCGGGUGGCGCGACGCAAAUCAGUCUGCCCAUCUACAUUGUCGGGUGGGUGUUUGCUUUCUACAACUCUACUCCUAUCACCACCCAUUCCAUGGCCACUAUUCCUACUAACGGCCCUGACAGCACCGUGGAGUUAGACAUUGGGAUUACCUGCAGCUGUCUCCCCGUGAUGCCCGCCCUUUUUCGAGAUCCGCAAGCGAGCCGUCCCCCUCCGACAAGGGUCCGUUCUGUGUGGCGGCCGUUGAGGCCGUCGUGGCUGGGUCCAAGGCUCUUCGUGAUAGGCGGCCUCACGCCGUAUCGGUACUCCAGGAAGCCGGCGAGCUUGGAAGAUGUCAGUAAUAUCGAGUUGGUACGCGGAGUGGCUACGCCUGCUGCGGAUGUGGAGCUUAGCAGGGCGACGCUUGUCUCUGCCUGUUGA